CCCUAUGGCAAUGUCUGCUGAUGUUUGCUGUCAAUGUGUGGCCCGUGGCAUCCCGUGGCAAUCCACAGCCCGACAGCUGUCGGCUCAGCAGAUCGCGCCCGCCGAUGCUUCGAUGCCCAUCGAGUCGUUGGAGUUGGACCUGCAGAGUACACCGGUGCUGGGCUCCAGCUUCCAGGAUUUUGCGAGCCGGACUGCGGGGCUGUCAUGGUGACUGGGAUUCCGACCAGGCUCCACGGCGCUUCAAAGUCGUAGAAGCAGUGGGACAGGGUGCCUAUGGCGUUGUUUGCUCCGCAAAGGAUGAGUUGAACGAUGACACCGUAGCGAUCAAGAAGAUUGAGAGUGCCUUCGACGACAUCACCUUUGCCAAGCGAACACUGCGGGAGUUGAAGAUCCUGCGACAUCUGCGGCACGAAAAUUUGAUUGACAUCAGGUAUGUGUUCUUACCCGGCCUGAAAUCCAAUUUCGAGGACAUCUAUGUGAUCUCCGAGUUGAUGGAGACGGAUCUGGCGUCCAUCUUGAAGAGCCCCCAACCGCUCUCGGAUGAGCAUUGCCAAUUCUUCACCUAUCAGAUCCUUCGGGGUUUGAAAUUUGUGCACACCGCCGGAGUGAUUCACCGAGAUCUGAAACCGCGAAAUUUGUUGGUGAACUCCAACUGCGACCUGAAAAUCUGCGACUAUGGGUUGGCGAGGCUCGCUAUGAACAAUGGCGAUAGCCGGCCACUCACCGAGUAUGUUUGUACCCGGUGGUAUCGAGCACCAGAGGUGCUCUGCAGUUGGGCCGACUAUGGCCCGGCCAUCGAUAUGUGGUCCAUAGGCUGCAUCUUUGCAGAAAUGCUCAGGCGGAAGCCGUUGCUCCCGGGAAAGAACACGCAGCAUCAGUUGAAUCUGAUCGUUAGCCAUUUGGGCUUCCCGGACUCUGAAACCAUUUCCAGGAUAAAGAACGAAAAGUGUCGAAAGUUCCUGGAGUCGUUGCCGAAGACGGCGGGGCCCCAGCUGCUCUUCGAGGCCGUGGGGCCGCAGCCAGCCGCAGUCCUGGAGCUGCUCAACGCCACGCUCCAGUUCGACCCAGAGAGGCGUUUCACAGUGGAGCAGGCACUCGAAUUGCCCUACUUGGAGCAGCUGCACUGCCCUGAGGACGAGCCAUCGUGCCCAAUGAUCGACCUAAGCGACUUCGAGUUUGAACGUCGCAAAAUCGACCUGGCGGCACUCAGAGAAGAGAUUUUUCUGGAGGCCCUUCGUUACCAUCCAGAACUGCAGUUGCGGUACCUACAGGAGCAACAAGCCUUGGGUACUGGACAUGAUAUUUGCUCCUACCGUUUGUUGGCUCCAGGAGAGUCGCAAUACGAUGAGGUUGGCUCUAGUUGAAACUCUGAAACUCAGUGCUCUCCCAGAAUCGUCCCCG